AUGAAUAAGUUUGCCAUUAUUUUAAUUGUCAGCACUCUUAGUGCCUCGGUAAUCGCCUACGAUUAUUGUUCGACUAAGUUGUGCAAUAAAGGAGUGACACAUAUUGCAUGUGGCGACAAGGAAUUUGAUGAAUCAUGUCCCGAUAAUGCUGCCUUUGUCCACAUCGAUGACAAUCUGAAAGCAGAAAUUGUCCGGGCGCACAAUGAAAAACGUAAUCUGGUAGCUGGAGGAGGUGUAAAUGGUCUGGCACCUGCUUGCCGUAUGGCCACCAUGGAAUGGGAUGAUGAAUUGGCUGCCGUUGCCGCAUACAACGUUCUCCAGUGCAAAAUGGCUCAUGAUAAGUGUCGCAACACCGAAACCUUUAAAUAUGCUGGUCAAAAUUUGGCUUGGCGGUCAUUCUGGGGUCAGCAAAGUUAUAGCACGCUUUUCCAAAAAUCUUUUGCCAUGUGGUACGAUGAAGUUAAGGAUGUUAAAAUGGAUUAUCUCAAUGAGUUCCCAGUGGGCUAUAAGGGACCUAAAAUUGGUCACUUUACUGUUAUGAUGGCCGAUCGUAACAUUCGUGUUGGUUGUGCCGCCGCCACUUAUGAUGAUACCAGAAUCGAUGGUGAUAGACAAAUCUUCUUGAUUGCCUGCAACUAUGCUACCACAAAUAUGUUGGGUUUCCCCAUCUACAAGAACUGCAGCUCUCCAGCCACAUCAUGCUCGACCGGUACAAAUCCUCAAUAUCCUAAUUUGUGUUCUACCUCCGAGGUGUAUAAUGUUAAUAAGUGGUACUAA